AUGACUAUGGCCAUCGACAAUCAACAACGCUUUGGUGGAAUGAACUUCGACCACAUGCCUUAUUCCAACACUCCCCAAUUCACGAACCCCUGGUCUUCGACGUCGUCGCCAGCUCAGAACCAAAGUAUCUAUGCUCCAUCCCAUAACCUCAAUCCCAAUUUGGGACUUGGGAACAGUAUUGGAAAGCAACAACAUCAACAGCACCAGCAGCAGCAACAACAACAACAUCAGCAGCAAGCUUCCAGGAUCAACAGCAAUGUGUCUAUGGCAUCAUAUGCCAGUGUACCAAUCACCGCGGCAUCAGCAGGUAGCCCUCUCCUGGUUGAUGUAUAUGGCUCGCAGGAAUUGCUCACCACGCCCCAAGAUCUCUUAAAUCCCAAUCGUUCCUCUACUUAUGGACAUGAAACCUCAUAUACAAGCGCGCCAUCGCCAGUACAUAGUAAUUUUGCGCCAACAUCGGCCCCCUAUGAGUCUAUGGGAUAUGCCCCGGCGCCGGUUCGUUCAACUUACGCCAUCCAGCAACAAGAAAACGCGAGGCGCGUGUCACAACCGUCAGUACCCUCAAACACUUUCCUCGAGAUCUCCGAGGAGGCGCAACGCCUGCAGCGCCAGAGCUCACUUAUUGACUUGGAUGAUAGAGGCCUUCAACAAAACGAGUCAACCCGAAGUUUCGGUGAUGCGAUAGACGCCAGCAGGGGAAUGAUUGCUAUGAGCCAGAAUACCACGCCGCGCAACAUAUAUGAAGCGCAGGGACGGGUGGGGAGAGGAUCAGGUGAUUCAUACGGGUUUCCCGCGACACACUCUACCAGCUCUUCGGUAUCAUCGUCGGGUACUUACCCUUCUUACUUUGGGACUGGAUCUGUGGAUUCUUCGGUGAGCGAUUACUCGAAUGCGGGAUCCGACAUCGAGUCCGUCUCGUCACGGACACUCCCUAGACCAUCGGGUCUGUUGAAUGGUAGUGGAAUGCCGCCGGCACCACAAUCCAUGAUGGGACAAUUCAGCUCCAAGGUUUCCUCGAGCACACAGAAGAAGCACAAGUGCAAGGUUUGCGACAAGCGAUUUACACGUCCAAGCUCCCUCCAGACCCAUAUGUACAGUCACACGGGCGAGAAACCAUUCUCUUGCGAAGUCGAGGGUUGUGGGAGACACUUUUCAGUUGUCUCAAACUUGCGGAGACAUCGAAAGGUACACAAAGGCGAAGCACGCUCAGACGCCGGAUCGCCAGACCACCAGUCGGACGAAUAA